GAGCGCCAGUGCAAUUACUACCAGUGGAAACUAUGUUGCAGGAGCUGGCAGGGGCAGCUGCAGAGAGCCUGGCCGAUUUUUCCAUCCCGCCCGGGCAGCGUUCAUUAGCAUAGGGAAAAUGACUAAGGUGUUGACGUCACCUCUUUCCAGCAGAAACUCACACGCCGUCCCUGUCUGCUGGAGCUCGCCGGGCUUGACUCAGGGAUUCGCUGUCCAAACAGGAUGCGCUGGUAGCGACGCUUUUCCCGGAGGGGGCCGGGCCGCCGCGGCGCCUUAUAAGCAGCGGCUCCGCGGAGGGGCCCCAGCCGCUCGCUCACUCGCUCCCUCGGAGAGCAUCCUGGCGCUCGCGCUGCACCCGCGUGCGUCUCUAGCGCGCUGCCUGCAAGGAAGGAAGAUGCAUUUUAGAAAUUUUGACUACAGUUUUAGCUCCUUGAUUGCCUGUGUGGCAAACGGUGAUGUCUUCAGUGAAAGCGAAACGAGGGCCAAAUUCGAAUCCCUCUUUAGGACAUACGACAAGGACAUCACCUUUCAGUAUUUUAAGAGCUUCAAACGCGUCAGAAUAAACUUCAGCAACCCCUUGUCCGCGGCCGAUGCCCGGCUGCAGCUGCACAAGACUGAAUUUCUCGGGAAGGAGAUGAAGUUGUAUUUUGCUCAGACUCUGCACAUAGGGAGCUCCCGCCUGGCCCCCCCGAACCCCGACAAGCAGUUUCUGAUCUCUCCGCCUGCCUCGCCGCCCGUUGGCUGGAAACAAGUGGAAGAUGCCACGCCCGUCAUAAACUACGACCUCUUGUGCGCGAUCUCCAAGCUUGGGCCAGGGGAGAAGUACGAGCUGCACGCAGCCACGGACACCACGCCGAGCGUGGUGGUGCACGUGUGCGAGAGUGACCAGGAGGACGCGGAGGAGGAGGAGAUGGAGAGGACGAAGAGGCCCAAGCCCAAGAUCAUCCAGACCCGCCGGCCGGAGUACACGGCCCUGCACUUGAGCUGAGCGGGCCCCUGGCCGAAGCACCCACCCCAAGCCCCACUCGUGGGGAGGAAUCUUUGGCUGUGGGACUGGCCCGCCACCACUUCGGAGGGGGCAGCCCCGAUCGCGGUGGCGGGGACGCCAGUUCCCGUCGCUCAGAGGAGGAUCACGGCUUUGUCCCCCGGCUCUGACACUGCACACGGAUGCCUGCGGCCCCAGGGUGUCCCGGGCCAACCGCCGAGUGUGGGGCAACCGCACACGGCCGUUAGGGAGUGUCUCGAGAAAACCCGAUAACCGUGGUGUCCUGGACUUGUCCUUCCCUGCCGGGCUCUGCAUUUGCCGAGGGCGGGCUGGUCGGGGGAGUGGGGGGGCCCCGGGGCCGAUCCCACACAGCCCUCUGGGGGAGCCCCUCCCCUGCUGCGGCCGAGGCUGGAAGGCUGGGGGAACCACGGGCCGGGCCGUGUGGGUGUCCAAUGACGUCUGGUUUCUCUCCCCCCCGUCCUGGUGUUGGUGCAUGUGUGUUCCCCAUUCCCCACACUAACCCUCGUCCGUAGGUAGAGUUACGUACGCUCUCGUCAUGUCGCAUGUUUUGGGAGGAUAGGAAGGCGCCUGGAAGCUCGCACCUCUGCAGAUGCACGACUCCUGGCGGGGAGUCCCGCCCACAAUGUGUCACCCGGCCCCCGCCCUGUGUGUCUUGUCGCCCGUGCUUUCACGGGAGGGGAGGGGUCCCUCGGGAGCUCCCAGGCCAGCCCCGCUCACCCGGUUCAGAGGGUUUCGCUGCCGGCUCGUCGUGGGGCGCGAUCCACCUCAUCCGUGCCUCACAUGUGGGUGUCCACCACGGAUGAGUCCCAGCCAAAACCUUUCCUGGGGAUGCUUGGUUAAAAGAGUUGAUUUUUUUUUUAACCCACCAAAGCAUCAAGAUAAACGUGUAAAUAAAGCCGAUACGUGUAUUCCGACCUGCUGUGCACUUGGGUGAACAAAAACAUGGCGGUGGGGGGGUGGUGUGAGAUGGAGCAGCCCACCUGUGACCGUGCGUUGUAGAGCAACACCGUUACAACGUCGGGCGGGACUCGAAUUCCAAGCAUGUGACGUGGACAGGGGGCGGGCAGUGACACAAGAGGGACGCAGUGCCUUCCCCAUCCACUCCCGAUGGAGCCGUCACCCUCAUCAGUGUCUGUGGAUUUUUCUAGUUGUCGUGUAUGCGUCUGGUCAACAGGUGUUAUAUUUCAGCCUUAAAAAAAUACCGUAACCAAGUGUGUCAUUUUGAAAUACCUAAUGCCGAGUUCACAGUGCAUGCUUUGGGAAAUGAGAAGACAGUUCCGCCGGAGAAGUGAGUAAAUUCGACUGUUCACAUCAGGAAAUUGGCGGAAUGUUCUCAAAGCCCUGUCCACAGUUCUCGGUGGGGGCGGGGCGGGGGGGGUGGCCCUCCGUGUGUUCCUAGGUAAGUGCUUUCAAACCGGAGAGGCUGACCUCAGAACAUUUUUUUUAAUCGCGUUCUGUAAUAAAUCCACACGAUACGCUCUUUAUGGAAAA